GCUUUUUGACAUAAACAAACCUCAGCUGUUUUUGCGUAGUUUGUUUUUAUUUUCACUCGCCAUUCCAGCGAGAACGCACGCAAGAGUGCUCAAAAGAAUUUUCUCAGUCACUUUUCCGUGGCCCCAAAUGGCCAUAUUGGAGUAUCAAGUGGAUAUUUAGCUAGAAAAGUGAUAAAUUGUGCUAUUUUGGGUGAAAAUUCUGUGCUAGAAGGUCGUGAAAAGUGAACAAAGAAGCUUACAAGAGAUACCUGGCAAAUUUUCUUUGUUUGUUGGAUCAUCGUCCUCCUUUUUGCAGUCAUCUGACUCUCUACAAACAAAAAUCACCCAGAUUAUCCACCAAUUUUGCUGGUCAGAAUUACGUGGAAAAGGACUCAGUUUUGUGCAAUUUGAAGCAUUUUCUGUGAAUAAAAUGCCCUUUUAUUCAAAAGACUGGAGAGAUCCAGGCGAGGCUUGGGUGAAAACCAAUGAAGGAUGGGAAAAACUGAAGGUUCUGGAGUGUGGAAAGAGAAAAAGAUGCAGCAGCGAGUGCAGCAACUCGUCAGAAUGCGACACGGAAAAUUGGAGUAGCGAUUCUGAAGUGGAGAUUCCACCUCACUGCCACAUUACGCUCAAAUGCACCCGCGAGAUUGCCGGAUUCAAUGCCCUGGGCGAAGCUGUUCGACGUCUUGACUUCCGGAGCGCCGUGAAGGAUCGCAAGAGAUUCCAAUACAUCUGUGCACUGCUGAGGAUGCUUGUGGCUCACAAGGGUAUUGCCAGUUUGCCUGGAGGUGCUCAGAGACUUUUGCUGCAGAUGGUGGAGGAAGUCGCGUGUCACGUGAGCGAUAGUCAGCAAAAUCUCAAUAUUCUGAGAGCACUGGUGUUGCAAUUGCAAGAGAUUAUCUACCAGGAGAAUCAGAAGUGCUGGGGUAAGCCCCUGGGAAGUCAGAGUCUGUGGAAAGGUCACUUGGAGACGAUUCAGCGUAUUCAGCAUAUCACGAAUGAGAUUCGCAUCAGUGGUCCUGGUCCAGAGAUUCGUCCAAAACUUCAUGAUCUGCCCGAAGAGUGUGUGCGUGAGAUUAUUUUGCGCCUGGCCGACUAUCGGGAUCUUGAGGCCUCGUCGACGGCCUGGUCUCUCAUGUCGGCCCUCGUGGCUGAACAGAGAGUCUGGCGUGAGUUGACAUACUUCCACUUUACACCAGAACAGAUUCAGGUGCUGCUGGAGAAGGAGAAGCACAUUCAUGAGGAUGGAUCAAAGGACUGGAAGAAGAUCUAUCAUGCUCUUAGGAAAACCUAUGGCCUUCGGGAGGAUCUUCAGUAUGCGGAAAUUCUGUCUCUCUGUCGCUUCUGUCGGUGCCUCUUCUGGCCAUCAGCCGGCCAUCCAUGCAUUGCUGAUCAGAGUCCGGAUUUCAGGGCACGUCUCAAGGAAGCUGGAUGUCUGAUUGAAUCACAGCCAGUGCCACCGGCUCAAUUUCUCAAGUAUUUUUCUCUGUAAAUAACCUUUCUCUAAUAUUUCUCGUGAAUUUUUUCGAGCCGCAAAUUUAAAAAAAAAAAAAAACAAAAUCAACAGAUGGAAAAUCCCGGAAAAACCACAGGCAGAUUUAAUUUUACGGGUGUAUUUAAUUGUUGUAUCAUUCUAAAAAUGAAAAAAAAAGAAAAAAAAUAUUAGUAUUAAUAGAGAAUAAUGGAUGAGAAUUUUUGAGGCAGACAACUUCUGCUGAGAUAAAAUAUUGAAAAUUCACAAUCAUAAGUCAUUCCUGCAAACGAGAGAAAAAUCCAUCCAUUUCACUAUAAUAAUUGUGCUCUAAAAUACACUGCUGAUGAUAAUUCUAGAAACAUGAAUUUAUGUGACGAAUUUUAUGUGACAAAACGUCCUUUGUGAUAUUUUCCUGGGAAAAAUAAUUGACCAUAGAUAGACACGGGAUUAUUGAAAUUUUAUACAGAAAAAAUAAGUCUGAAUUCUUAAUUUUGGGUGAUUUUUAAUUAAGGAAAAGAAAUCUCUUUGUAUUCUUCCAAAUUUCGUCACUGCCACAAAAUAAUUACGGUUUUUUUGGUUGAAAAGAAAA